UCGCUACUACUACCCUUUAACGAGUUGAUCGUCAUCCCCUGGUCGACAGUGGCACCCCAUUGGCCUAACACCUUGUGUAGUGAUUGCCAACGUCUCGAUCACUACAAAUCGAAGGGGUUCCAAUGCCGAAUGCGGAACGAGGACGAGCACAAGAAAAGGGCCACGCGAUUGAGACCGUUCACGUCGGAUUCAGAAUUGUGUAGCGUGCAGCGUCAGGAGAUAGUGCGAAAAUGGGAUUCUAAACACGGCUUCCAUUCGGUGAUGGUCGAUGGCUCGCAUCUCCCAUUCGAGGAGAAUGUUGCAUUGACAAAGAGGAUUGUGGAUAUCGCCCACGGACGUGGCAUCACCGUCGAAGCUGAGCUUGGGCGCUUGUCUGGCUCAGAAGAUGGGCUUACGGUAUAUGAGUACGAGGCAAAGCUGACGGAUGUGGAACAGGCGAAACGGUUUGCAACGGAAACCGGAGUGGACGCCUUGGCUGUUUGCGUGGGGAAUGUUCAUGGGAAAUACCCAACCUCAGGUCCUAAGCUCGAUCUUUCGCGCCUCAAGGCUCUGCACAUGGCGUUUGCAAAAUCUGGCCCUGCUCUCGUAAUGCAUGGCGCUUCCGGCUUGCCUCCUCCCGUGAUCCAGGAGUGCAUCUCUCUUGGAAUAACUAAAUUCAACGUGAAUACGGAGCUUCGGGAAGCCUACAUGCAAGCUGUCAGCAACCCACAGAGGGAGCUUAUCAAUGCAAUGGACAUGGCGGUCGCCGCGAUGGAAGCUGUCGUUGCUCAGAAAUUGGCGAUGUUCCGCUCAGUUGGAAAAUCAUGCCACUAACUUAGAGUAGAUUGGUCACUUAAAAAAAAAAAAGAAAAAAAAGAUUGGUCACGUUUUUAUGUCAUGUGCGCUGCCUUAAUCGUCGAUGAUUGUUGCGCGAGGCUUCGCAUGAAUCUUCUUCUGCAGAGCUAAAAUGCUAGGUAGAGCCUUUAAUAGCCUUUUAUUAUAGGUAGGCUGAAAGGUAAAACAAAUCGUUUGUUCUCAAUGUUUUGUUCUUUUUCUUCCUUACUAGGUAGCUCAUGAUAACCCCAUCAACUCCCUUAAAUGGACUCUUAUACCACCAGUACACCUGCGCCUGGCGGCGAGCACAACUUUUUUGUCUUUUUUGGCUCCGGUAAACCCUGGGCUCCGAAAUUUCUGUAGGCGAUCAAAUAUUUCUCCGCAACGCCGGGGCCGUGUACCGGUGGCUGAAAGGCACCGCGUGUUGCUGAGCGGGUGUUUGACCGAAGGGGAGAAAAAAAAAGAAGGCACGAGUACGAAUAUUACGUUGAAUAAUAAAUAAAUAUGCUAUAAAUAG